GAGCCCUGGAACUGACACCCUUUGUGAGGUGGCCCUGAGAAUUGGCACCAGGUUCUGUCCUGCUGGGGGAGGGGCAGGCAGAAGCCACAGUAGGGACUGUGUAGGAAAUGGUUCUCGCCAUGCUGGGGGCUCUGUACCCCAGGGCUGGGCUCAGUCUCUUCCUUCUUUACCUCAUCCUGGCAGGCGCACUCCUUCGACCUCAGCCCCAGAGGUCUCAGCGAUCUGUUCCUGAGGAAUUUUCGGCCCCACUGGAACUCUCACAGCCGCUCUCAGGCCUGGUGGAUGACUAUGGGGUCAGACCCAAGCACCCGUGGCCACGAGGGCCCCGACCCCUCCUCUCUCAGGCCCAGCAGCGCAAGCGGGACGGGCCCAACAUGGCUGACUAUUACUAUGAUGUCAAUCUGUGAUGGGAAUCCCACAUAAAGCUAUUCUGGGCAGCAAA